CGCACUAACGUAAACCGAAAACCCUGUCGUGCCAUUAGUCAUUAUUGCGACUUGUGCGAUAGUUUAACUGGACUUUGAACUUCUUAAAUGUCUUUAUUUGUCUUACUUUCUAUCAAGAACGUUAAUCUCAAUGUUUUAUUAAAAUUGGCCACGUGAUCAGAGGAGACCGCCACCGUUUAAGUUGCCACAUGCCUGGUGUGUGAUGAUGUCUUUGGGACGUUCAGUGACUAACCUUAGAGACUACGUAUCACAGAAUGCUCCAACCGUGACUUUCUUCCUCUGCCUGUGGACUCUCUCCAUCUCCUUCUUCUACCUCAGCUCCUACGGCCACACUCACUCUCUGCCUAAUCCGGAUAUAACAAAGGACUGGAAUCAGCUACUGUCUUCUUUAUCAAAGUUGCAGCUAUGUGUGAAAAUUGGUGAAGACUCAUCUGAGCAUGUGUCAACAACUACUUCCCCUCCGGAAGACAAAGAAAAAGAAACCGAUCCUUCUGCUGGCCCCACAGAGGCGGCUGUCACCUAUUUGCAUCUCAAGGUUCCUUUGGUUGUGACUAGCAGCUCAGCCAGUUUGUCUCAGAAAGACCUUGGCCUACACACCACCUUGAAGGCCAAACAACUGAAUAUUGGAGACAAUGAGGCAGUUAAUUUGACUCUAGAGUUUGUUUAUGGAGAGAGCAUGGACACCUGCCUCACCAUAUCUGCCCCAACACACAUCUUGCCCAUGACCAUACUUCCUCCAGAGUGUGAUGCAUAUGAGAAAAAUGUUUCGUUCCUUUACGUGGAAGCGAGUAACCAGCUGCCUACAUCAGCACAAACCUGCUUCAGUAUGCAGUCAAGAAAUGACCCUUCACUCACAGUCAUGUUAACAAAGGAGGAGCAGAGUGUGGCAGUGCAGCAUCUGUUGGAAGCCAGUGUGUGUUUGCUUGGAGUUUGUCUUAUACUUUGUUUAACUGCUGGUUUGAUGCAUUCAUCCGUACGCUCUUCUCAGUGGAAUGGCCUGGAUCAUCAACACGUAAAGAAGCCAUUGAUUGAAAACUAAGGAAUUGUUCAUCCUCCGCAUCAUGAAGAUGGUAGCUGUUGGUCAUUUGGUGGCUGACAGAGAGAAGAGCAAUACGUUUUGCUUCUUUUCAAGGGACCUGCCACCAAGUGGGGUCAUUGCGAAAUACUAUGCAGUAUGUGAAAACCUUCUGAGAUAUUUUCUCCUACUUUUGAUGGCACUUUCUAAAGUUUGAAAACUCAAUCUUGUCUCAGCUAGAGAAAUUUCCCACCUUAGUUCCUACAAAUGUAAUAUGAGUUGGGAUAUUUUCAGCUUUUUCUGCAUAGUGGAAUUUUAUGAAGUUUUCAGGUGAUAAAGUUAUAGUAGAAUAAGAGUAGUAAUGGAAUAAUAAUGUAAUAAGCGUAAUAAUGUAACGCAAUGCUUAAACUGCCUUUGCUGUUACCUGACUACACAUUUACUGUCCAGUGUCUUACGUUACAGUAAUAACCUUUACAGCACGAGUAGUAAUAAACAUUGCAAACUAAAUAUUUGGCAUUGACAGAAUAAGGGAACCAGUACCAAUACAAUGUUUUCUGACAAUGUUGACAUCAUGUAUAUGAAACAGGCCGUGGUGUUAUUAUGAUGACAUGACAAACACAAUAAAGAUAUUGUUCUGUAA